UUUCCGGAGCAAUUUAUUGAUCCAAUUUGUAAGCCGAAAUAUCCUGUUUCUCAGUAAAUACUUCCACAGCCUGCUUGAUUACUUUCACAGCCUGCUUGAUUACUUCCACAGCCUGCUUCUCAUUACUUCCACCUCCUAUUUAUGUUCCAUCCUUCAGCCGAUUGGCCAACAAAACCUUGCUACUUUCGAGCCAAAGAGCAUAAAUACAUACUUCAUCCCACCCUUCCUUUUCCUUCGCCGUCCAGCCCUCUUCCACGCCAUGCAACUAGGGUUAACCAUUCUCGUAUUAUGACGAGCUCGCCCUAUACUUCCAUUGGAGCCUAGACACGAAGCAAUACUCUAUACUUGGGGAAUAUUCUGCGCUUAGCAAGAUGCCGUACUUCAGCGGACCACCUACUUGUCGACUCUGCGGAGAAGAGACAACUCAUGGUGUUACCAACUCGACAAAUACGUUGGGAAAUGCAGACCGCCCUUACUAUGCAUGCAGGUGUGAGGGCCGCAAGGGGUUUUUUUCCUUUGACGACUACCGUGGAAUUCAAGAUGAAAAUCCCCCGUGCAAUUGUGGGAGACCAUCUCGGUGUGUAGUUAGGAGUAUGUUGUCUGAGUUGUACAUCGAGUUCCUAUGUGCGACGGGGGUUUGCGAUUUUAAGACUCUUGCAGGCCCCGAUGGGAGCCAGAGCAUAAUUCACCCUGCUGAUAUCCCAGAAUUGAUAGAUAUGGGGAGGAUUUGAAUUAGAUUGCGCGGUAAUGAGAGAUUUGCAGAAUGGGAAAUACUAAGUGAUUACUAUGCUAUUGAACAAAGAAUAGGCGAUACUGUGGUAGGAAGGAUUAUAUAAUGGAACUUCACUUUACUAACAACAUGCGACAAGAGCUGAUUUAGACUGCUUAGUUGACCAGUCACCUCCUUAAGGCGCUGCAGGUUUCUUUCAACAGUCAAGCCAAUAUUAGCAUAGUUCUAAUUCCUUCCUUCAAAUGCAAGAGGCC